GGGCGGCGGCCCAAGAUGGCGGAGCUGCAGCUGGACCCGGCGAUGGCGGGGCUGGGAGGGGGCGGCGGCAGCGCGGUGGGCGACGGGGGCAGCUCGGGCCGCGGACCCCCCAGCCCUCGCCCGGCCGGCCCCACGGCCCGCGGGCACGGCCGCCAGCCCGCCGCCGGCGCGCAGCCGUUGGAGCCGGGGCCCGGACCUCCGGAGCGGGCGGGGGGCGGCGGGGCGGCCCGCUGGGUCCGGCUCAACGUGGGCGGCACCUACUUCGUGACCACCAGGCAGACCCUAGGCCGCGAGCCCAAGUCCUUCCUCUGCCGCCUGUGCUGCCAGGAGGACCCGGAGCUGGACUCGGACAAGGACGAGACAGGAGCGUAUCUGAUUGACAGAGACCCCACCUACUUUGGCCCCAUCCUGAACUACCUCCGGCAUGGGAAACUCAUCAUCACCAAGGAGUUGGCAGAAGAAGGUGUACUGGAGGAAGCAGAGUUCUACAAUAUUGCAUCCCUCGUGCGGCUGGUUAAGGAAAGGAUACGAGACAAUGAGAACAGAACUUCACAAGGCCCCGUGAAGCACGUGUACAGGGUCCUGCAGUGUCAAGAGGAAGAACUCACUCAGAUGGUCUCCACCAUGUCUGACGGCUGGAAAUUUGAACAGCUCAUCAACAUUGGCUCCUCCUAUAACUAUGGAAACGAAGACCAGGCAGAGUUCCUCUGUGUUGUGUCCAGAGAACUAAAUAAUUCUACCAAUGGCAUCGUCAUAGAGCCGAGCGAAAAGGCCAAGAUUCUUCAGGAGAGAGGCUCUCGGAUGUAAACAGAGAAUCUGAAGUUCCAGAACUCUGAAGGCAAGAGAGCGAUUGAUCGGCCGAGCAGCUGUGAAGGGAAACCCUGCACCUGUACAGUAACUGAGCUACUGCGAAGCAAAGCUGCGCCUGGUCCCAGAGAAGUGGUGUCCGCUCAAACCAGAGGAGCCCCGCCCACCUCGGACGAAGACAGUGCGCCUCUGGCCCCACGGCCCCUUUCCAGAAACCUGCUUUUGUUUUCUAGCCAGUGUUAUGAUAGACCUUCACAAGAGCAUCUGGAGCCUUGUGGGGAGCUGGGGGAAAACCAUCUAGACGCCAAGGAGGCUAGAGUAGAGGAAGCAGCCUGUGUGUGCCGUGAUGGACAUUGGCAGUCCCGUGACCAUUCCUCCCUGACUGAGGCGUUCUUUGAGGUUGGGGGCGGGGGUAGAGGAGCCCAGCCUUAGUGCAUUGAACCGAGGUUUAAGUACAGACUAGAGUUACCAGAGGACCCACAAUCCUAUGACCGGAGCCUCAGAGGUGGGAGGAUGAGGUGUCCCGUGUGCUUGGAGCACUGCCCUGUUCCCGUGGGGUGGCUUCACCUGGUGUCUGUCCCACGGUGGGGCCCCAGCUGGCCCAGCCUCGGGCAGGAGAUUAGAAGUUGUGGUACCCUAAGCAGGGCUGGACGGACACCGGUACUAAGCAGUUGCUGUAACUGCCUGUUUCUUACCUGAUUGGCCCUGUCUUCCUCCCCCAGCCUCGUGAACUGGACCAAAGAGAAGGGUCUUUGUGAACCUCUGUAAUGGCUUGGGGUGAGGAAGGCUGUUUCUGUGGAAGCUGCCAAAUGUGUCAUGUUUUCAUAGCUAAAAGUGGUGGCGGUGUUUUUGUGAUUGUCCGGAACAUGCACUGACUGAUAGGUUGUACUUGUGUCUCUCGAUGCUUUCUAACUGGCAAAGCAGCCGCAGGGCUUGUGUGUGCGUGCGUGUGUGCGUGCGUGCGUACGUAUGUAUGGUGGCAGUCCGUAUACUCCCUGCAUCUCCACCCCUGCCCCCUACUUUGUCCUGGGCAUUCAGUGUUAGCAGACAAGAAUUCCGUGCUUAUACAGUGGGAACGCUACAUCCUAUAGCACAGCUGCUUACCACGGGCUCAAGGGUAGUGACUUCUAGAAAGGCCACCUCCUGUGCCAGCUCCCAUCCUGUGGCUGACUGCCCAGCUGGCCUCGCUGUUCCCCAGGAGCUUCUUCCCUCCUCUGUAUCUACAGUGUAGCACAGAAGUAACUCUGUCCAAGGUCCCUGCAUGUCAACUAGGCCAGCCGGCUGCGUCACUGACAGCCAUACCAUGUUAGAUGGCCUGCCUUCAGGAAAAGUGGCCCACCUUCCAGAGGGUCCCAGUCACCCAUCCUGCUAUCUCUUUCAAAAAAAAAGAAAAGAUGCGAGUAUUCAAGGAAUAUUGUUGUGGGGGACAGGCUGCUCUGCCCAAAUAGCUAGAACUUAGCAGAGGGACCUGCUCUGUUGGAGAUGCAGUCUUCAUUUGGAAGCUCUUGUUCACUCACCCUGCCAAGGCCCCUUGUCCCUCAGCUUUUCUCAGGCACACCAGGCGGUCUGUGGAGACCAGGACCCGGACAGGCCUGGUGCCUCGAGCCGCACAUUCACCAAGAGUGGGGUUAGUCAAGUACCUGGUAAGUGUUAUCCUCAUUGAACAUUCCAGAGAGCCCCAGCUGGUCCUGUGUAAAGAAUACCACCGAGCCUCAAGCCUAAACCCAGAGACAGACAUUAAUGUGUCCCACCCUUCCCCACCCCCAGAGAGCAGUGUUGAUGGCUCCCUGCUGUACCCGGGGUUAUUUCAACAGCCCUGUGUUCCAGGCAUCCAGGGGACUCCCUGCUUUCUUUGAGUAACUGUGGUUUUGCAAACCUUGCUGGAGUCUUGCUGACCACUGCAGAUCUGUCAGCUGGGGGUGGCUGUGUCCCCCAGGACUGCCAAAAGGGAGGUGUCUUUCUGCAUUUUCCUUUGUCCCAGGAUGGGACCAGCCUCCCCUCAGGUGACUUCAUCUCCACAGUCACACUUCCUGGCUGUCAGCAAGGUGUGGGGAGGGGAUGAUGAGAUGCUAAGGGAGUAGGGCAAAGGGGCACCCACCCCUCCAUCAUGGCCUUUGUUCCAUGCUUCUGGGACCAUGCCAGUCACUGCUGCCCUUGGUGACUGCUCAUGUGUCUGGACAAGUCUGAAAUGUGACUUUUUUUGUCAAUAAAGAAAUAAGCACUGGAUCUUGGA